GAGCUGCUCUCCCGUCUUUACAAUCCACCGCGUACUACCGCCUCCACCCCUUAAACCCCAGCAAUUAAUUCACUCUCCACUACACUCCCACUCUCCACUAAUCCCCCUCACCUCCUCUCUUUCUAUCUCUCUCUCUCCACCACCUUUCCCCCCUCUCUCUCCUCCCCCAAAUCGAGCCAAGAAUCACCGCCGCCGCCGCCGCCAAUGGGCGCGCUUCUCCUCCGCUGCGCCCUCCUAGCCCUCGCCGCCGGCCUCGUCGCCGCGCGCGGCGGAGGCGGCGGCGGCGCGGGGGCGGCGGGGAGGCUGUCCCCCAACUACUACCGCCACAGCUGCCCGCGCGUGGAGCGGAUCGUCGCGGACGUCGUCGCCGCCAAGCAGCGCGCCAACCCGUCCACGGCGGCGGGCACGCUCCGCCUCUUCUUCCACGACUGCUUCGUCGGGGGGUGCGACGCCUCGGUCCUCGUCUCCCCGCUCUCCGCCGACCGGUCGCCCGAGCGCGCCGCGGAGAUCAACCUCUCCCUCCCGGGCGACUCCUUCGACGUGGUGGCGCGCGCCAAGGUCGCGCUCGAGGUGGCCUGCCCGGGGACCGUCUCCUGCGCCGACAUCCUCGCGCUGGCGGCGCGCGACCUCGUGGGCAUCCUCGGCGGGCCCCGGUUCCCCGUCGCGCUGGGCCGCCGCGACGCGCGCCGGUCCGACGCGCGCGACGUCGAGGGGAACCUCCCGCGCACCAACAUGUCCGCGCGCGCCAUGGCGGUGCUGUUCGCGCGCAAGGGGUUCACGCCGCGGGAGCUCGUGGCGCUCGCCGGCGCGCACACCGUGGGGUUCUCCCACUGCGGCGAGUUCGCGCACAGGCUGUACAGCUUCAGGAGCGCCGACGGGUACGACCCGUCGCUGAACCCGGCGUUCGCGCGCGCGCUGCAGAGCUCCUGCGCCAACUACAGGAGCGACCCGACCAUCUCCAUCUUCAACGACAUCAUGACACCGGGCAAGUUCGACGAGGUCUACUUCAAGAACCUGCCGCGCGGGCUCGGCCUGCUCGCCUCCGACGCCGCGCUGUGGGAGUACCCGGCGACGAGGGUGUUCGUCCAGCGCUACGCCGACAACCGGACGGCCUUCUUCGAGGACUUCGCCGCGGCGAUGCAGAAGCUCGGCGCCGUCGGCGUCAAGACUGGCCGCCAGGGCGUCGUCAGGCGGCACUGCGACGUCCUCUGAUCAUCUGAUUCGGUCUCCUCGUGUGUAAUGGUGCGGCCAAAAUCUGGCAACUUAUUAGGAUUUUGGAUUCAACGAGCUUUGUCUGAAUUUGUGAUGUGUUUACGUCGAAAUUGUGAUGAUACUCUACACGCAGUGGAAGGUGAGGGAGGGUGAACAAGGCCGGGACUCAACGUUGGUGUUCUCAGCUUUGCUGUUACUACAUGUCAUUAUCGUUAACCAUGUACGUCCCUACAUCCUACAAUAGGAAAGAUGUUCAUGUCGA